CACUGCCAUCUCUCCUGGUACCAUUGACCUUACAGUAUACCUAUAUCAUUGUCAAUCACGCUGCGCACCUUUCCGUACUCAGCAAAACCGACCUUGUGAUGGCUUCCGGUCGAUAGUUGAUAGCCGUCGUACCCUUUGUCAUAACAACCACGUCCCCUGGCUUCCAACGCAAUGGCAACGACGCGCCCCUCGUCAGGUGCCCGACGUAACCUCCUCUACCUCUCGCCGCUGCUCCUGGCCUCCUACGUGUCCGCUCAUGGCGGCCACACCGAUAAAAUCCCAGAAGGGGAGGCGAUCUCUCCAGAUCCUCUCGAUUCGCGGCUAUGGGUCCACAUCCUGCUCAUGAUAUUGUCGUUUGGCUUGAUCUUCCCUUACGGUAUGGUACUGGGCAUUAUCAGGAGCAGAUGGCAUGUUCCUGUACAAAUCGUCGGGACCGUUAUUGCUACAGUGGCAUACUUUCUUGGUCAUAUGCAUAAGGGACGGCAGUUCGCGCAUCCAAAUAUCCACGCCAGUUUCGCAAACAGUCUGGUCUUCAUGUUGAUCGUUCAAGUCGGACUCGGAGUCGGGCUUAAACUACACCUUGAGGACAAGAGUGGAUGGAUAGGAAGAGUGUUCGGAAGCAAAACAGGAAGAGGCGGCAGACGGAUCGUGGUGAUUGCCCAUGGUUUGCUGGGCAAGGCUAUGCCCGUGGUCUCUUGGACACAGAUGCUGUUUGGCGGUAUUGUGGCUAUGGGUUAUUGUCGAGGUGACCAUCUCGGGCAAUGUUUGGCCCACUUCAUUAUGGGAUCUGCCUUCAUCGCUUAUGGCAUAAUAAUGACCCUACUCCUACUCGUGGGUCAAGCAUGGCUAAGAAAGACCGGUCGGAGCCAAGAAUUCUUCGACAGUAUCAUCAUCGCUGCAUGGGGUUGUGUCAACACUUUCACCGAACAUCGUUGGGGCCACCCGUGGGUGAAGAAUGAUCUGCAACAUACAAGCAUGGGCAUUGUCUGGUGGUGUGCUGGUCUUUUGGGUGUCUGGCUUUCCCGAUCAAGAACAGGACGACCGAAACGCAACCUCCUGCCAGGAAUUGUCAUCCUGCUGACCGGCUGGGCAAUGAGUGCACAUCCGCAAGAUCUGCCUCUAAGUACUAUGGUGCACUCCGUGUUUGGAUACACGCUCAUGGCGGCCGGAGCGACCAGGAUCAUCGAGAUAUCUUUCCUGCUCAGGGAUAGCAGAGGAGGUGGCGAGGCUAACAGCUGGCAGCAUCUUCCUCCCUUCCUUCUCUACGCAUCCGGCUUCCUCUUUAUGGGUGCCACUGAAGAGCAGAUGAAACUGCUGUCGGAAGCUGAUGUCACUCAUGUUACCUAUAUUCUCAUCCUUUAUUCAGUUGCGUUCAUGCUCUACCUCUUUGUCAACAUCCUGCUCUAUGUCUACGCAGCACACGCCUGGCCAGAAGACGAGAGUAAUGGUACUCGCGGUAACCACCAGCGAGGCCGAAGCACGCUAAGCGCCAGCCAUUCGAGGAAGGCCUCAACAUUGAAUUUGAAUGGCAAUGGAGUCAUUCCUCGGCCAGCAAACGGAUCUGUGAGGCUACCUAACCACCGCAACACGAACAGCCAACAAGUUAGAGAUGCUGAGGAGUUUGAGCUCGAGGGACUGAUCAGCGAAGGAGAGGAAGGGGACAGUCCACGGAUAGCAAAGAAAGAAGCGGCGGUGUGAGCUGCUGUGUAUGUUGCUUUUGGAGUAUAUCUUGCGGCAUGACAGGGGUGAAAUGAGGUCUACGUCGACAUGACUGCAUCUGACGGU